UUGACAAAUUUGAUGGCAAACCAAAGCCGCUUUGGUCUCCAAGGUAUCAACUUGAAGUCAAAAUGUGGUGUCUUCAUUUCGUCGCCGUUCUGGCGGCAUUUGGACUUCUGGCUCCAGCUUAUUCUAAUGUUAUAGUUAGGGACGAUGGAAACCAAUUCCAGGAUGAAGAUAGUCAAAGACAAGUUAUAAGUAAAAAUAAUUACCAACGUUAUUCCCAAACCAAUGCUGGAAACUAUGACCAGGGAUACAACCAAAGGAAUGAAAACAAUGGUCAACAACAAUAUGUCAAUAGACCACGAUACAGCCAGCAACAAGGAGGACCAGUAGUUAUUCAAAGGAGUACAGGUGGAAGAUCAGGAUCUUCCUGGAACAGCGGACUGCCACCUCAUCUUGUUGAAUUUAUGAAAAAUCGUCUAUACAGUUCUCAAAUUCGUCGUACUCAAAGACUUCAGAAUAAUCAAGCAACCCAGCAACAGCAAGUCGUAGUCCCCCAAAACCAAGUGCAGUACAGCUCUGCUCAAGCCAGUGCGCAAUCAAGUGCGCAAAGUGGGACAGUUAGCACUACCAAUGCUCAAGCUCAAGCUUACGCUGCCCAACAAGCUGAGGAAGCCGCCGAAAACAAAUCCUUGGAAGAAGCAGAAGAAUUGCUCUUGGAAGCUGAAGCUCAAGAAGAGCGUGCUCGUCAAAUUGAACAGCAAGCGAGACAGGCGUUGCAAGCAGCUGAAAUAGCCGAAGCAGAGGCCAACCAGAGGCUGAUAGAAGCUGAGAGGAAGGAACAGCUAGCUUUGGCUAGAAUACACCACCCGAGGGGACACUUGGCUCCACAGACCGUAACAGCGACUUCAACUGCUGAAGCUACAGCAGUCACGCAAACAACAUCCGGUGCUCCCGUGCCUGUGCCAGCUGCCCCAGUAGUGCCAGUAGUGCCAGCAGCCCCAGCAGUCCCACUAGCACCAGUGCCAGCCCCCGCAGCUAUUGUAGCAGCACCAGCACCAGUAGACUACGUCGGAUCUCCAGUGUACUUCAACUCAGCACCUGACGCGUAUAAUGCAGCUCCAGUUUCAGAGUAUUCUGAAGUUCCACAAGGACCAGUAGCUACAACCUCAUACAUAUCAGAGGCAUCUGUUGCACCAGUCGCACCAUUGGCACCAGCUCCAGUUGACCAGCAGUACGCUUCAGCCACGUCAUCAUCUGUGGCACAAACCUCACAAGGACCAGCGUUGGCUCCAACCUCAGCUGGAGUUGCUCAAGCCACUGCCUCGGCCGCGUCAGCAGUUACUGUCGCCACCCAACAGGAACAGCAAGCCAACGCAGCAUUCGCGCAAGCAAGGGCUGUAGUGCAGCAAGCAUACAACAACUACGCUCAAGCUCAAGUGGCUCUUCAGCAAGCUCAGACUCAGGCUAUCGCCGCUGCGCAGGCUGCUCAAGGACCCAAUGGCAACGCAGCCGCAGCAUUCGCCGCCGCUCAGGCCGCUCAAGUCGCUCAGAGCCAGUUCAACGAUGCCGCCGUUCAGCUCCAACAAGCCGAAGAAGCGUACGCCCAAGCCCAAGCCGCCCAACAACAGGCCGCCCAGUCCGCUGCCGCCGCCCUCGCUGCCCAGCAGCAGGCGCAGGCGCUCGCCGCCAGCGAGGCCGCCGCCGAGCAAGCCGCCGCCAACGCCGCCGCCGCCGCUUCUGCACAGGCCGUAGCAAACAACAACGCCGCACAAGCACAGGCAGCAGCCACCGCCACCGCCGCCGCGGCCACCAACGCAGCCAACGCCGUCACCGCAGCCAACGCUGCUAAUGAGCAAGCUAACGCUAACGCAGCGGCUGCCGCAAGCGCCGUCGCAGCUCAACAGCAAAACCUGAGCCAAGCUCAAGCCGCCGUCGUUGCGUCAACCCAGCAAGCCCAAGCCAUCGCCACCGCUGCAGCAGCAUCACAAGCGCAACAGCAAGCCGCCGUGGCCGCAGCUCAACAAGCUGUCUCUACCGCAGCAGCCGGAGUUAACGCUGCUGGUACACAGUUGAACCAAGCCAACGCCGGUCUUUCGGCAGCAUUAGCCCAAGUGAGACAAGCGCAAGCAGCAUUGCAGCAAGCACAACAAGCCGCCCAGCAAGCCAACGCCGACGCCGCCGCCGCCGCCGCCACCAACAGUCAAGCCGCAGCUCUUGCCGCCGACCAAGCUGCGCAGAAUGCCGCUUACGGUGUCUACGUUGCUCAAAAUCAGUUGCAACAAGCCGAGCAAGCAUACCAAGCAGCAUUGGCAGCUCAGCAGCAAGCCACGGCCGUAGCGCAGGCCGCGCAGUCCGCCCAGCAGCAAGCCGCCAGCCAAGCAGCCGCGGCUCAGUCUGCUGCAACAGCACAGGCACAACAAGUCGCCUUAGCUCAAGCUGCGGCAGAAGUUGCUCAAGAACAGGCUACUGCUCAAGCUGCAUCUGCAGCAGCAGCUAACCAACAAGCUGUUGCAAACGCACAGGCAGCCGCCAGCGCUCAGAUUCAAGCCGCUAAUGCUCAAGCUGAAGCCAGUGCUCAAGCUGUAGCUGCUGCUAACCAAGCCGCAACCACUCAAGCCGCAGUCAAUGCAGCCAACGCAGCAAAUGCAGCGGACGCCGCCGCUGCUGCACAAGCAGCAGCCGCUGCUCAAGCAGCUAACAUUCAAGCCACAACCAACGCUCAAGCAGCCGCUAUUGCUCAAGCCGCAAUCGAUGCCGCUAACGCAGCUAACGCAGCCAACGCAGCCAACGCAGCCAACGCAGCCAACGCAGCCAACGCAGCCAACGCAGCCAACGCAGCCAACGCAGCCAGCGCAGCCAACGCAGCCAACGCAGCCAACGCAGCCAAUGCAGCUAGCGCAGCCAAUGCAGCUAGCGCAGCCAACGCAGCCAACGCAGCCAACGCAGCCAACGCAAUUAACGCAGCAAACGCCCAAACUGCAGCUAACGCUCAAGCAGCCAACGCUCAAGCGGCAGCCACUGCUGAAGCAAACGCCGAAGCAGCUGCAUUGGCAUCUGCCACGUCUGCAUUCCCUGGAUUACUCCAAUUUCUGCAAAGCCUUGGAUAUGGUCCGGCAUCAGCACCAGGCUCACUAGUUUUGCCAAGUUUACCAGCGGCACCGGUGGUUGCACCCACUUCAUCUGCUGCUACAUCAAUAUCAUCUGCAACUGCUCCAGGCUACCCCGGUGCUCCAGUUUCUGCGUCUACUACAUCUAAAUCAACAUCUUUGACCAGUGCACCUGCUGGCCCAGGCGCACCUGCUGCCCCAGGUGCACCUGCUGCCCCAGGAGCACCAGUGACUACAUCUACUGCAACUACAUCAACAUCUACAACCAGUGUUGCCCCAGUAGCAGGAGUUGCCCCAGUAGCAGGAGUUGCCCCAGGAGCAGGAGUUGCCCCAGUAGCAGGAGUUGCCCCAGUAGCAGGAGUUGCCCCAGUAGCAGGAGUAGCCCCAGGAGCAGGAGUUGCCCCAGGAGCAGGAGUUGCCCCAGUAGCAGGAGUAGCCCCAGGAGCAGGAGUUGCCCCAGGAGCAGGAGUUGCCCCAGUAGCAGGAGUUGCCCCAGGUGGCUCGUCUGCAGCCGUAGCUGCAAGCUCCGCUGCCAUCGCUGCCGCUAUUGCACAGGAAAAUAAUGCUGCUCAAGUGCUGGCCCAAGCUGAAGCUAACGAACAGCAAGCUCAAGCAGUUUACCAAGCCGCUAUCACUGCUCUUCACCAAGCCCAAGCGGCAGCGCAAGCCGCAUUCGCCGCCACCCAGCAGCCGAAUGGAACAGCAGACAUCACUGCUCUGAACGCUGCUCUUCAAGCUAUUCAAACUGCCAACAACAAUGUCAACAAUGCUUCAGUACAGUUACAUCAAGCACACCAAGCCUUAGCCCAGGCUCGCGUUGUGCAACGUCAAGCACAAACUGCUGUGAUGAACGCUGUGUCCCUGCAAAAGCAAGCCGAACACAAGGCCGCGGCAUCCCAAGCUGCUGCCGCCGCCGCCGCUACCGCAGCCAGCCAGCAAGCCGCCGCCACCGCCACCGCUCAAGCCCAAGCCGCACAGGCUCAAGCUCAAGCAGCUGCACAAGCUAACGCGGCAGCUCAGGCCGAGCAAAUCGCCCAAGCUGAUGCACAAGCCACAGCAGCUACUCUGGCGGCUGAACAGAACGCCGCUGCUGCUGCCACCGCUAACACCUCAGCCUCCGCUGGUGGUCUACAAGGAUUCUUGGACUACCUUCAAUCACUAGGAUUCGGCGGAUCAGCUGGAGCCAAUGCUGCGGCCGGAACUGCCACAAGUCAGGGUACAGCGGGAGCGCCAGGAUCACUGGGUGGUCUCUACGGAACCCAAGGCGCACCAGGAACCGUUCUUGGAGCGAAUGGAUUGGGAGGUGUUAACGGAUUGGGAGGUGUUAACGGAUUGGGCGGUGUAGGAGGACCAAACGGAUUGGGAGGCGUUGGAGGAACUAACGGGUUAGGAGGCGUUGGAGCAGCUAACGGAUUGGGAGGCCUUGGAAACGUUAAUGGACUGGGAGGCUCUGGAGGUCUUGCAGGCCUUAAUGGAUUGGGAGGCGUUUCAGGGGUUAAUGGAUUGGGAAGCCUUUUAGGCCUUAACGGAUUGGGAGGCGUUGGAGGAGCAAAUGGAUUGACAGGCGUUGUAGGAGCUAAUGGCUUGGGAGGCCUUGGAGGCAUUAAUGCUGCAUUAGGAUUGACUGGCGGAGUAAAUGGUGCAUUGGAAAAUAUUGGAGGGUUGAACGCUGGAGGAGAAUUGUCAGCCCUUGCAGGAUUAAACCUUGGCGGUGUUGGUCUUGAUGGCCUUAGCGGCAUUGCAGGACUUGAUGGUCUUACAGACCUUGUUGGCUUGGGAGGAGCUAAUGAUCUUUCAGGCCUUGGAAACCAAGGAGGAGUUAAUGGUCUUGCCGGCCUUUUAGGCCUGAGUGCUAACGGAGCAAAUGGAGGUGCUUUAACAAUUGGAGCAUUGGGUGGUGCGGCUGGUGGCCAGAAUGUCCCGGUACCCACACAAACAGUUGCAUCUCAAAGCACUGCAGGAUCAACAGUUGUUUCUCAAGGACCAGGAGCGGUUGUUCCCGCAACAACAGGAGCAGCGCCUCUUGUAAAUGAUACACCAGCACAAGGAGGACUUUCAGGACUUUUGGCCUACUUGAGCUCAUUGGGUCUACCGAUCCCGGCAUCAUUGACCGCUGCAAUUAACACAUCUGGAGUAGCCCCUCUGCCUUUGACUCCAGCACCGGUCGCCCAGGGAGUUACCCCAGGAGUUACACCAGUACCAGUUGCCCCUGGAGCAACACCAGUACCUGUUUCCCCUGCUGUUUUACCAGUUCCUGGAAUAGGACCAACAUUUUUGAACCCUGGAGUUGCCCCAGCACCACCUGCCCCUGGUGCUUUACCCGUUCCUGGAACUGGACAAACAUUUGUGAACCCUGGAGCACUUCCAGCACCUGUUGCCCCUGGAGUAGUCCCAGCACCACUUGCCCCUGUAGGAGCACCAUUGCCACUUACCCAAGGAGUGGCUCCAGCACCAGUUGCCCCUGGACUAACCCCAGCACCAGUUGCCCCAGUAACAAGUACUUCAGCUACUUCAGCCUCGACUGUAACCUCAGCUGGACCAACCGGCAUCAGCGCAGCCACCGCCGCCGCCGCCGCCCAAGUCAGGCAGGCUGUUGCAGCUGAACGCAUAGCAGCAGCGCAAGUGGCGUCUGCCCAGGCCGUGGUCCGACAGGCCGCGGCGGCGUGCUCCGCGGCAGUGGUCGCAGCCCAGGCCGCCACCACCGCAGCAGCGCUUGAAGCAGCUCAAACCGGCUACAUCACCGCUGUUGACCAGUAUCACCAAGCCCAAACGAACCUGGCUCAGGCUCAAGCUACACUGCGUCAGGCAGCAGCAGCAGUCACAGCAGCAGUCACCAGUCAACUGCAAGCCUCAGCUCAGGCCUCAAGCGUAGCGCAAGCAGCAGCCAACGGAGCCGCCGCGGCCACCGCCAUCCAGACCGACGCAGGGAUCCAAUCCAGCGUACAACAACUAGAGGCCAAUGCGUCUGCUCAAGCCCAAGCAAGCGCCCAGCAAGCGGCUGCGGCAGCAACUGCUGAGGCGGCGGCAGAGACAGCUUUCGAACAGGCCACCGCGGCCGCUGCCGCCCAAGCAGCCGCCCAGAACGCAGCCAACCAAGCUGCAGCCAAUGCCGCGGCCCAGGCCGCCACCACGGCCGCUGGACAGGCUGCCGUCGCACAAGCCCAGUCUACAGCUUCUGGACUAUCUGCAGGAGGAGCUUACCCAGGAGUAUCAGGAGCUUACACGGGAGCUCCAGGCACUUACGGAACAACACAAGGAGCUUACCCAGGAGCUGCAGGAGCUCUCGCUGGAGCAAACGCAUACACCAGCUCUGUGCCCAGUGCAUUCCCGGGAGCGGCCGUGCCCGGUGCACCUGCCCUCGCACCAGGAGCAGUAGGCAAUGACUACCCAUCAAUUCUACCUUCUUUCGAUGAGUACUUCAACGGCGGCGCCGCGUCUCUCUACCCUGGAGCGGGCUACCCCGGUACCGCAGGGAUCGGAGGAGCCGGCUACCCAGGCUACUCUCUAUAUCCUGGCUCUGCCUACCCUGGUGCCAACACUGCCGCUGGAUCCGCAUCCUCCGCAGCCACCACUACUGGAGCAGGCUACCCGGGAGCACCUGGUACCGCUACAUCCGCCGCCACUACUGCUACCACUGUUGGUGCCCCUGGUGCGCCCGCUGGAUCCCCAGGUUUUGCCUACCCAGGAGCUCCUGGUACCACUGCAUCAACAGCCACUGCUGCUUCUGCUGCUGCCACUUCUGGAGCACCAGCAGGCUACCCAGGAGCACCAGCAGGCUACCCAGGAGCACCUGCCACAGCUGCAUCCGCCGCCACUGCCACUACCACUUCUGGUGCCGGCUACACAGGACCAGCCUACCCUGGAGCGUCUACAGCCGCCGCUGGAUCCACCGCCACCACUAGUGCUGGUUACCCAGGAGCCGGAAGUGCUUAUGCUUCUGCAAACUCAUCUGCUGCAAGUCAGACCACUUCAGGUGUACCUCAGGUCUCAUACGGAUUAUCAGAGUCACCUGAACAAUGUACUUUGGUUAUCAUCAAGACUUGCAAUACAGUAACCAACGCUGACGGAACACAGAAUACUCAAUGCACCACCAGAACCGAACCGAUCGGCGCCUGAGCUCAGCAAAACACGAACUGAAAACGAAUUUAUAAUGUGCCAAAUUAAAUUGAUAUAUAUAAAUAAAAAUGUUUUAAUGUAAAAGCUUGAA